GUGUCGGGCAUUGCUGCAGUGUCGGCAGGGGCGUUGUUUAGGGUCUUUGAGACGAAGCGGACAAACAGAAACAAGGCCUCGGCGGGGCGGGCGCGUCAGGGAGUGUUACGAGCGGGGCCCUCAGUAACCGUUUUGCUUCGGAGUGACGCUUCUUCCGUUUAGCUGAGGGGCCCGCGACGAAGGGGAGACUCGAAGCCCUUCAAGCGCCCCCCCUUUUUUUUACCUCAGUUGUCUUCGCUUUCACGGAAAGGGUGCAACCACGCAACGCCCUCCUUCCUCCCGGUUUCGUAGGCCUCGCUAAGGAGUGCAGGGAGGUGGGAGGCCCGCUGUGGGGGGUCCCGCCACUCCUCGGUUUCUCGCGAGGAACCCCCCCCCCCGCUUCCCUUCUGGUGUCUCUUGGAGUGUGGCUCUCCAUCCCUUAGUUCCGCCACUAGGCUUGCCUGCUCCUUUGCGGCUCCGAAGGAAGGGCUCUCUGCCGCCGCUCAUCACCCUCCUCAGAGUUUGAGGGACAGAGUGGCCUUUGACUGAAAAGUAUUUUUCGUGGAACUAAACGGUUGGAUGUUGAGAGUUUGGCAGCCUCAGUCCAGAGGCGCCUAAAGACAUGUUCUCAGAGCUCAGCACGCCGUGGGUAUAAGAUCUGGAUGAGAGGUCGUACUUUCCUGGCCCGGAACCUUCGGAGUCUGCCCUGCAAGUAGAUUUUCCUGUGAUGAGGGAGGGCGAGAGUGAAGGCUGCUGGUGCUACUUCUGUCCCCUUCAGUACAGUACUAUGUUUGUAAUAUUAAGGCAAGAGUGACUAGUGCUUUGACAAGUGUAAUGUAUGAGAUGGACAUGACAGCCUCGUAGCACUGAAAGCCUGACAUUUAUUCCUUAAUGAGGCCUGUGGACCUUACUGCUUUUCUGGAACAACGCAAUUCUGUUUAUGUUUACUUGGAAAACUAGCGUUUUAAAAUGGGUCGCCAUUCAUCAGACACUGAAGAAGAGAGUAGAAGCAAAAGAAAAAAGAAACACUGUAGGAGGUCGUCUUCAAGCAGUUCUUCUGAUAGUAGAACUUACAGCCGUAAGAAAUCAGGAAGGAAGUCAAGGUCAUGGUCUCGAGAUCACCAACCCCGUUCACAUUCAUAUGAAAAGAGGCGCAGGCAAAGAUCUAGCAGCAGCUCGUCAUAUGGAUCCAAGAGAAAACAAAGUCGCAGCCGAUCUAGAGGGCAUGGAAAAUCAUAUCGAUCUCAGAGAUCAAGAUCAAAGAGCAGAACAAGGAGGUCACAUUCCAGACCUCACCAGCGUUCUUACAGUCGAAGUAGUGAAAGGAUCAGUCACAGAACCCGUAGCAGAUCACGUGACAAAGAAAGGCGUAAAGGGAGAGAGAAAGAGAAAGCAAGAGAGAAAGAGAAGGCCAGAGGGAAAGAGAAGGAUCAUUACACCAAAAGUGGGGAUGCUGGAAACAUCAAAGCUGGAUUAGAACAUCUGUCUGCUGCUGAACAAGCCAAAGCUAGAUUACAGUUGGUUCUUGAAGCUGCUGCUAAAGCUGAUGAAGCAUUAAAAGCUAAAGAGAGAAGUGAAGAAGAAGCAAAAAAGAAAAAGGAAGAAGACCAAACUAGCCUUGUAGAGCAAGUGAAACGAGUACGAGAAAUUGAAGCAAUUGAAAGUGACUCCUUUGUUCCACAAACAUUCAGAUCAAGCAAAGAAGUCAAAAAGGCAACAGAAUCUGCUGAAGUCAAGAGUGAACCUGCAACCCUAGAAGUGGGGGAUAUUGGUCAAAUCAUUACUGAAAAAGAAACAGUAACUGGAAUUAUUCCUACUACAAUCAAAUACCAAGAUGAGAACUCGCUUGCACAUCCCAAUCUGUUUGUUGACAAGGAAGAAGCAGAAGAAAGAUGGUUCCGGAGGUUGAUUGCUCUUCGACAAGAAAGGCUAAUGGGCAGUCCUGUAGCUUAAAUAGAUUAAACAGCCUGCAGAAUUUCAGUUCUUUGAUGCUGUCAAAUUCCAGUAGUAAAAUUGGAUGUGUGCCCACAUUAAUUCGGUCUGUGAGAAAAGGAACAUUUUAACCUGCCCUCUGUUUGAGACCAGAAUUGCUUUAAUUCAGCAUUCUAAUGACAUGACUGUGUUAUUUGAAUUGCCUGAUGUGGCUUCAUAGACAAAAUGAAGGUAUGUUGGAGGGAAAAAAAUGGAGGAACAAUCUCUUGAAGUAUAUCUAAGAUAUCUUGCUGUACUCCUCAAUGGAAUUCUGACUUAUUAGAAAGAACUUGUAAAGCUUGUUUUUUCAACCCAUUUUCCUAGGGUUAACAACUGUAACACAGUUUCUUUAUAACUCUCUCAACAGAAGGAAGCAAGUCUAAGUUUUUCCUGUCUUUGAUACUGUUAUUAUUAAAAUUUAAUCAUAUA